AUGGGGCACUCCUGGUAUUGCCGUAGGCUCUUCCAGCUUGAGGAGUAUGCCAACGGCAAGGUGAGGAGGAUUGGCAGGGCCGCACAGUCCGGCAAGGUGGUCAAGGGGCCCUUGUUCGGGCUGCCGCCGGGAGUGGUCCCGUUGAGCAACAACUCCCGACAGGCCGAAAUCUUGGCCAUGAUGCCGCCCUUCAAUGCGCACGGUCUCGACCCAGCCUGGGUCGAGCACCCCACACGCGAGGUGGAGGAGUUCUUCACUAAUUUGGCCGAAGAACUCGACCACGAGGAACCGUGGCUCAACCAGGAUACCACCCAGGAGGAGCUGGACUAUAUUGCCGCCAGGGCGAUGGAGGCGGAGCUCGCCAGGCUUGUCGGCGAGGCUGGUGGCAUGGAGAACGAAGCCGCCGCAGCUGCAGAGGAGGAGGAGGAGCUCGCCGCGUGGGUGAAGGCCGUCAAGGAGGUGGCCGGUGCCACCACCGGGCCCUCUCCUGCCACAGGCGCGGGCGAAGGGCCAUCCGAGGAGGAGGCCGAGGCCGGCGAGCCCCCGGCCACGCAGAAGAGGCGCGUCCUGCGUCGGGUCGGCUCCGGCGCGCCGGUCCAGCCCGGCAAGGUCGUGACGCGGCAAGGGGCUCCGGGGGAGGCCGCGCGCGUGACGAGGGUCGCGGCGGCGAAGACAGAAGCUGCAGCGGCGAAGAAGAAGACCGCGGUGGCGAAGAAGAAGGUGCCCGCCUCUUCUUCAUCCGAACGCUUCCGGACACCUUCGCCUCCCCCUCGCCCCGCGAGUGCCGGCACGGACGUCGGCUUCGACUUCUUGUCCCUCAGCCCGAGGGGGAAGAGGAAAGCAGCAGAGGAGGAGGAGGAGGACAAGGAGACAGAGACACUGGCUCAGCGGGCGGCGAAGAGGGCCAGGGCCUCGACGAGCAGCCCGCCCCCGAUGGGUACUUCAAAGGCACCACUGGUGGUGGAGAGCAGCCCGGAUAGCAGCCCGCGGCGUAGCCCGCGGCUCAGCCCCCAGCGAGAGGAACGGCGACAGGAGGAGCCACCAAGGGCCUCCCCCACCACGCCGCCCCCGUCGACCACACCGCCCCGAGGGGCGUCCCCGGCAAGGAUGCCAGAUAUCGAGCCCAUGCGCACGGAGGAGGUAGACAUGGGCGCCGGCGGCUCCAUCCCGGCAACAGAUGUUGGCGGGGAGGGGACCACAUCUUCCCAGCCCGGCACGGGUGCGUCCCCCCCGGUAGAGCAGGGGGACACCGACACCAUCAUCGAGGAGGCUGCCGCGGACACCAUGGCCAAGGCUGAGAAGGUCGCCACCGAGGAGGCCGCCGAAACCGCGGCCAAGGAUGCCGCCGAGGGUUUUGCCGGGGAGACCGGCGAGGGCGCCGCCAAGGAGGGCGGCAAGGCCUCUGCCGAGGAGGAGGUGGUCGACGACCAACCCUCCUCGUCGGCUGCCUCUGGCUCGGGCAAGUACCUGAAGGUGAGCGACGAUGUGUUCGUUCACCUCCCAGGGAUGGCGAGCGUCAGGGUGCCGGCCGAGGGGGAGGCGUUUGACGAUGAAGUGCUCGCCGCCGCCGGGCUUGAGGUCGUCGACGAACCGAGCGCUGGUGGCGGCACCCAAGAGGAGCGGCUCCUCCAGGUCAUGCACGCCAGCUACAACAAGCUUCAUGCGCUCCAUCGCGCCCGUCUGGACAAGGCGAAAUCCAAAGAGGCGGUGGCGCACAAGGUGGAAGCAGACUUCGUGGAGCGCGUCGCCAAGGCGCAGGCUUGGUUCCGCCAGGCCCACGAGGAGCUGAAGGCUGCCCAAGGCCAGCUGGCGCAGCGUGACCUGGAGCUCCUUCUGAAGCAGGCCGACCUUGAGAAGGCCCGGGACGAAGUGAGGGAGGAGGCCUCCAAGGCCGAGGCCAUCCGGUCUCAGCGCGAGGCCGAGCUGAACUCCCAGGAGGAGGACCUUGCCAAACGCGAGGCGGAUAUCGACGCUAAAAUCCACGCCAAGGAUGAGGAGGUGGAGAAACUUGUCGCGUAG